AUGUAUGAUGGUCAAAGCAGGACGACUAGAUUUCAGUUAUCUAAGGCCCUGUUUAGAUCCUCACUUGCUGCAAAUGAAAAGGUUGAACCCCAUGUUCUUAAGAUAAUUGGUCUCAUAGAACAACUUGAGAAGUUGGGGUGCACUCUUGGGAAAGAGCUUUCUCAAGAUUUGAUUCUGCAAUCACAUUCUGAUUCAUUUUCACAAUUUAUUGUGAAUUUCAACAUGAAUAAGAUGAGUUGUGACUUGCAUGAGAUGCUUAAUCUGCUAAUUGAUUAUGAGAAUCAAAUUGCUUCUGAGAAGAAGAAAGGAAUUGUCAUGGUAGUUGGCAAGAGCUCCAAGAAGAAAGGCAAAGUACCAAAAAGGAAGCAUCUUGGACCUAAGGGUGGUAUGACCAAACCCAAGAACACAAGGAACAAGAUUGACCAAACUAAUGCUAAAUGUUUCUUCUGUAAGGAGAAAGGUCAAUGGAAGAGGAAUUGA